CAAACCUUUACAUAUUUGACAACCUCAAACUCUCAUAUCCCCAAAACCAAAAGAAGAAACCUACUCAUUUUCCUCUGACACCUUCUCAUCUUCUUGUCCUUCUUCCAUCACACUCUCACACUUUCUUCUUCACACUCCUCCCUCUUUAUAGGUAACAAUCCCAAAACCAUCCUCAAUUCUGGUUUUCCUUUACUAACAUGGGUAAUCAAAAACUUGAAACCCAUCAUCAAUUUUACACCCCCCAUCCCAAAAACACAUUCCUUCCAAUGCUAUGUUCAAAACCCUCCAUCAAAGAAGUAAACCUCCCAAGAUGUAGAAUCAACCCCCCUUCUUCUUGCAAUGACCCUUUAUCACCAAGAAUAGGUUGCAUGGGUCAAGUCAAAAGAAACAACAAAAUUGCUGGAUUUCCAUCUUCACAAUACAAACUACUCAGCUUCAACAACAAAACCAUUUCUAGUUCCAUUAUUUCACCUGUGGUGAAAUACUCCAAACUCAAGAAACUUUUCUCUAGUAAGAAUCUUAUUAGCACCCCCUCAGUUACUUCCACCACCACCACAACCAAACAAAGGGUUGUAAAUGUUCCCAAAAAUAUUCAAAAGUGUGGUAGAAAUGAAAAUGUUGUUGUUGGCAUGAAAAUUGAUGAAAUGGAUCCUCCUUUGCCAGUGAUCAAGAGAGUGAAUAAUUUGGAAGAAGGAAACAAAAGUGAAAACAGUCUUUGGAAAAGAAGAUCAGGAUCAAGUGGUGUUUCAUUGAGAAGCUUACAAGUUCAACAGAUUCAACUUCAGAAUUCAAAGAUUUGUAUUCAACCUACAACUGUUUGAUGAGAUAGAUCUAGAGUUUUUUUUUUCUUUUUUAGUUUUUUUUUCUUAGAUCAGAAUCAUAUAUAAUGUAAAUUGUUUAUUCAUUUUUUUUUUUAUAAGUUUUCUGAGCUUCCAAUUA